AUGUCACCUCCACCUUACCCAGUGCAGGAGGCCUCAGCUAACGGCACAUCGCCAGCCUACUCUAUUCCAAUGCACCCUUCCACGAUGACACUGGCCACAGAUGGCUUCGUCCAGGAGACACAGUUCAAUGGAUCAUCGCAAGGGUAUGCCAUACCCACAAAUCACCCAGCGGGGCCAAUGGGGUCAGCAGGGUAUGGGUACCAAGGCUACCCCAUGCAGUACCAGCCCUGUGCUGCCUACGUGCCAGUUUAUCCAAUGGCAAAUAAUAUGGGGCUGUAUCUCCCAGGAAACAAUGGGAUCACAUCAGGUGGGCAGCAGAUGCCAGCAUCCAUCACAAUGAUGAACCCUCCGCGACCCCCUCACGAUUACCUACCCAUCGCAGUGUUGACUACAGUGUGCUGUUUCUGGCCAACUGGGAUUUUUGCCAUAUUCAAGGCGGUACAGGUGCGAGCUGCCAUUGCGCGUGGGGACAUGGUGUCGGCAGAGAUCGCCUCCCGUGAAGCCCGGAAUUUCUCUUUCAUCAGCCUUGCGGUGGGGAUCGCCUCCAUGGUACUCUGUGCCAUCCUGACAGUGGUGAUCGUUAUAGCGGCCCAGCACCACGACGACGAGUGGGAUCCUUAA